CCCGGGGGUGCUUGCAGGGUGCCUGCCAGGAGCCAGCCGGAGGGGAAGGGCAGCGGCGCCCUGGAGGUGAAGUUCGUGCCCGACGAGGAGGUCCUGAAGCACAUUGCGGACGGCGCAGGGAUUAAAGUACGGAAGGACAAGACUCAGCUGACAGUCAGUGUGAAGAGAUUUGUGAAGAAGCUUGAGAAUAUUUCAGAUGACGAAGCUCAGGAGAUCCUGGAAGAGAAGAACUAUGUUGCUGCUCUUGGAAUAUGUGCCCAAGAUCCAGUGGGAAAUGGCUCAAGUGUGAGUGGUGGUGAAGUUUACUCAUUCCAGACUCCCAAACGCUCCAGCAAAAUGGCAGAGCUGGCCGCUGAAUUAGCCCAGACACCAGGACAGAGUGUUGCACCUGAUCACUCUGAGUGCCCUGAGAAGACAGCCAAAACCCCUCAAAGCAGCAAACGUUCAGGUUCAAACAAAGUGCAGCAGAGGUUACAGAGUAAAAAGAAAGAAUAUGUGGCUACCACACCUUACAGACUCAGAAAGAGGCUAGCAGCUCCAGAUCCCUAUUUAGAAAGUGAGAGUGAAUAUUCUGCUUCCUGCUCAGAGGAGGAGGAUGAGGAAGACCAGAAAGAAGUCAGCACUGUUUUAUCAGGUCGAAAGACCCCAGCAAAAACUAAGGCUCUGUCUACGCCUCCUCCCAGAAACACCCUAGCCAAAAAAAUUAAGGAGGACAAGAUGAGCAACCUGGUGGAGGAAUACUUUGAAGCUCACAGUAGUUCCAAAGUGCUCACUUCGGACCGAACGCUGCAGAAGUUGCGGAAAAGACGACUGAAUCAGCAAACACUGCAUGACAUUUUGAAAAAAGCUCCCCUUGCCUAUGCUGCUGAAAUUAAAGAGCUAAACCAGCAACACGAAUCCCUGUUUUCCAAGUGGAUGCUCCAAUUACACUUGGGUUUCAAUAUUGUGCUUUAUGGACUGGGCUCAAAGCGUGAUUUGUUAGAGAAGUUUCGCACCUCUGUGCUCCAGGAUUCUGUUCACCUUGUGGUUAAUGGAUACUUCCCCAGCAUCACUGUGAGAUCCAUUCUCAACUCCAUCACAGAGGAGGUACUGGACCAUAUAGGGACCUUCCGCAGCCCCCUUGACCAACUUGAAUUCAUCAUUAAAAGGUUUAAAGAAGAUUCAUCUUUAGAGCUCUAUGUCCUCAUUCAUAACCUGGACAGCCAGAUGUUGAGAGGAGAAAGAAGUCAGCAGAUCCUUGCACAGUUAUCCUCUCUGCCUAGCAUUUACCUCAUUGCCUCUAUCGAUCACAUCAAUGCUCCUCUCAUGUGGGAUCAGGCAAAGCUAAGCCUCUACAACUGGCUUUGGUAUGAAACAACCACAUUUAGUCCUUAUGUGGAAGAAACGUCUUACGAGAACUCGCUUUUAGUACAACAGUCUGGAUCUUUGGCUUUGAGCUCCCUAACACAUGUCCUGCGCAGUCUCACUCUCAAUGCCAGGGGGAUAUUCAGACUGCUUGCUCAGUACCAGCUGGAGAACAAGGACAACCCAUCUUAUCCAGGGCUGUCUUUCCAAGACUUCUACCAGCAGUGUCGAGAGGCUUUCCUUGUGAACAGUGACCUGACACUCAGGGCACAGCUGACAGAAUUCAGGGACCACAAGCUCAUCCGGACCAAGCGUGGAGCUGAUGGUGUGGAAUACUUAUUAAUUCCUGUAGAUGACAGUACCUUGACUGACUUCUUAGAGAAAGAGGAUGAAGAUGUAUAACGUCUCUGUUCUCAAAGCAUCUACGGCAAUUGCUCUCAAGGGCUGCUGGAGAGGGGCCUAUACUCAGAUCUCUCUUCCUCCAACCCCAAGGCUGCUGGACUACUUACUGAACUGUAGUAAUUGUAAUGAACCAUGCUCGUUGUUGAACUACUUCAGGUAGUUUGGAAUGAUGACUUCCGUAAGCAAGGCAUCUCUUGCUCUGUAGUUAGAUUUGUCCGCUUUGUCUCUUAGCUCAGAUGAUGCCUUCUUCAUAUCUAUGCAGCCAACCUUACAGCCAGAAAAACAAACUCGGUAAGAUUGUGCCUUCUGCUCUCUACCUCACCAGACAUGAGGGUUUGAUUGGAGCAGUUUACUUGGGAAGUGCAAAUUGCGAGACGGUCAGAGCUUUAGUUUGUACUAGUGUUGCAACUUUUCUCAGCUGAGUGCUUUCCAGUACUCCUUUACCAGUUAGACAAGACUAGCUUCCAGUGUAUGAAGAAGCCAAGAUUUAUAAUGCUAAGAGACCCGCCUUGACUGCAUGAGGAAAGGAGAAUGCUAGUGGGUUUGGGACACUGUGGGUAACUUAUUAAAUUUGGGCAAUAGGACUGAAGGACUUGCCCCAAACCCAAAUCCUUUUAUAAGAAGAUUUAGAUAAUCAAAAUUGUGAUGGACUCAAGUCAUUGCCUGUUGGUAAGGGUGAGAGGAUCCAGCUUCUUUCAUCUACUUUCCAAGUUGCAAUCCAGGAAUAUGAAGAGGCUGAGAAGUUUUUUUUGUUUAUUUUUUAAAAGCUUGAUUGUAUAUAUGUAUUUUUUACAUCAGGAGUGUCCACUGAUCCUGGAGGAGGCCUUAAAUGCCACUUAUAAGCUCUCCCUUUUUUUUAAGCCGUUAGAGGUUGGGAGACUGCUGAAGUUUGACAGGUUUUCUUCACUUUUUUUUCUCAGGUAUGUGGGAGUAAGCCCUAUAAUUCCAUCAACUGUAGUCUGCCAGCCAGACUUCAGGGACUCUGUAUGUCUGAUAUUUGGUAGCUGUGUUACAGCUCAAUGUUGUAAUAAUUCAAAUCAAUCAA